AAAUGUCAUAUUUAUGUGAUUUGAUAGAAAUAAUUGUUCCCCUACACUUGGCACUUGCGGUUUAAAAUUUUUAAAGCGAUUUAGCGCAUGCGCACAAGUACGAAGUGCAUAAGACCCGCUUCGCAUCAUCGAAAAGCAUUUUAUGUUUACGAGAUUGUUCCAAUCAGUGAGAAGGAUGGCGUCGUCGUCAGUUAUCCCCCAAAUUAAAGAUGUAGAUAUCGACCCCAAUGGAGUUUUCAAAUAUAUCCUUAUAAAAGUUACUAGUCCAGAUGAAUGUGGAAAGUUGUACAACAAAUUAAUCGUCAGAGGAUAUGCCGAGUGUCCAUAUCACUCCGACAUAAAUGACAAAGUGACUAGGGAGUUGCAGGCGUUGAAAGAGUCGAAGACUAUCAGAGAUUGGCGUUCUUCUGUUCUCGGAGGCGGACGCAUACAAGUUGAUGCCGACGGCAAAAAAAUCAAAGUCUACGGAUACUCUCAGGGCUACGGCAAAGCGGAUCACCAGGCUGCCGUUGACGUUCUCAAGACGACUUUCACGGAUUACGAGAUCACGUGGUCCGACGAGGGAUACUAGAACAACGCACACAUCUCUUCGUUUAAUCUCUAUCUCUAUUUGCUUAUGGUUUGUAAUAUCUCCUCAUAUCGAUCCGUGUGCUUCUUCACUAAUACAAACAUCGGACUGAAAAUGAAAAAAUCAUAAUAAAAAAAAAUAAAAUCCA